AUGGAGAUCAGAUGGUUUAAAGAGACAGACUGUGUUUGUCUCUAUAAGAACAGAGAGGUGAUUGAGGGGAGAGGUUAUGAGGGCAGAGUGAAUUUAUCCAGUAAAGAAAAGGGAAAAGUUUCCUUACUACUGAGAGAGUUCAGAGGAUCAGAUGUGGGAGAUUACCUGUGCCAGGUCACCAGAGGAGACAGAACAGAGGAGAUAACAGUAAGAGUAAGCGAUAACAUAAUCCUGGGCAGAAAGGAGAGAAGCCAGACUGGAGCAUCUACAGAAAUCCAGCAAAGUGAGAGUAGACAGGGAGAGGUGGCUGGGAGGAAGGUGACUGUGGUGGAAACUCCUGACUGGUUCUCCUCUGGACUCUCUCUGGAGGAGCUGAGACGGAAUGUCGAACUCUGUCUCCGUCUGUGUGCUCCAGGACCCCAUGCUUCUGGAGAGGAAAGAAAGAUGCUGGAGAAAAUGGAAGAGAUACUGGUGGAAAGGUGCUGGAAGAACACUGUGAUCAUUUUAACUGUUACUGAUGAAGAACAACAGAAGAACAUUGAAGAAUUUGUCCAGUCAGGGAAUCUGGACAUCCACAGGCUUGUAGAGAAAUGUGAGAACAGGUUUCAGUGCCUCAACAUUAACCAGAGAGAAGAUGAUUUUCAGGUCUCACAGUUACUGGAGAAAAUUGACAGGAUGAUGGCUGACAACAGAGAGAGCUUCUACAGCAGUGAUUUUUACCAGCAUGAAUCUCAGAUCCAAGAAUUGGAGAGAGAGCUCAGAAAGGAGAUAGAAAAGAGUGGUACGCUUGAAAGUGAUCCAAUUAUUAGGUAA